AUGUUGCAGGUGACCAACAAGUACCAUCUGCAAAUAUCCAACCACGUAAUAGAUGAUGGCAGCAUUCAAGCUGUAACUAUCAUUCUACAAAAAAUGUACAAAACGUAUACAACAUGGAGGAAGACGAUAGAAGAUUUGAUGGUGAGGUGGUCCAAUCUGCCUCAAACAUUCACAACUGACCAGGAGAAACUCAGUGCACUGCAUUCGUUCAAGGCUCUCUGUUCUAUACAAACCAAUGAAAUGUCGCUGAAGGAAGGUGAGCAUGUAACUGUCACUGAUUCACACAGCAGACCCAACCAGCUGAAAAUCAAAAACACGAAAGGAAUGGAGGGUUACAUGUCAGUGUUGAGUUGCUUCUUACCAACUCCGGACCUCAACCUUACAAACUGCAUUGAGAGACUUCAAGUCCAACUGACUACCUACUGGACUGACUCUGUUUCCAAGGCACUUGUGGCAUUAAAGCAGAAUGUUCUGGCAUCUGUUAAAGAGCUACUUUUGAAAAUUGAUGAGAUCCCCGCGACAAGUGCCAGCAGAAAGUUUCAAGAGCGCUGUCAGAGGUUUCUGUCAGCCGUCGAACUGAGGGACGAGUUUAUGAUCAGGUACAUCUCCCAAGCUCUCAGGGAUUUGGAAAAUGAUUUCAUCCAGAAUAAUUAUGAAGGUGUUGAAAUAUUUAAAUCAGAAACAACAGUACAAAGGAAUAGUAUUGCAGAGAUCGAUAAACCCCUCUUGUACUACACAGCGUUGGUGGACAACUUGUUAUCGUACAAACAGCAGCUGUCCAUCCACUGCAGGCCUGUCAUUGUCAAAGAGUUAAACCUAAGUGCACUUAAGCAAUGCCAAAACAGACAGAGAAAUAAACAAACAAUCAUCGACAUCCAACAAAACCACAGAUACAUUGAAUUGAAAAUAACAUCUAUGGAGACGACAACACGAGACGAACGAACCUACCGCACGCUACCACCAACGACAACCACAGCUGCCACAACACAACGGACUGGCAUAUCGCGAAGAUGUAACAUUGAUUAUGUGGUCGACGCGAGGUCUGGCGAGCGACUGUCGAUGAAGGAUGCAGUAGCGGCUGGUAUUCUUGAUAACAAAUCCGGUAGUUACGUUAACAUCGAAACCGGCAAGAAAGAACCCAUCGCUUCGGCCCUGGCUAAAGGGCUGAUAAAAGUUUCUUUUUCAAACAUAAAUACUCCUUUAACAGGAGGCAGUGUUUCUUCCACCACUGAUAACAACAACACUGCUGACGUUCGUACUAACUUGAGUACUCCUAAUCCUAUGGAGGCUACUCCACCUGUUACUACUAUUAACAAUGUAAAUGGGACCAGUCAUGGUAGUUUUAAUACUAAUCAGAAUGUUAUUAGUAGUAGAGAUGUUGCAGUUGAUGCUGAGUCUGAUUCUAGAAUUCUAACAAAACCAACUCGGAAAGAAAGUGGUGAAGAGGAUAUUGAGACAACUUCUCAUCCUUUUGCGAAUCCUCUAACUACUGGCGUCACAGAAGUUGCCAGCAACGUCGACGACAGCAGAAGCCAGCCACAAGGCCUCAUAACGCUUCGCACGCGCGUAUACAGAGAUGAGUACGACAUAGUGAGUGUUCGAGAUCACCUGACCGAUCGGAUGGUCAGUCCCCAACAAGCGCGGAAUUCUGGAAUCAUUGACGGCGGUCUCUUCAGGAACACGCUGACCGAUGAAACUGUGGUGCUUGAUGAGGCCGUGAGGCGAGGCUGGAUUGAAGUCAAUGAGUGGAAGAGUAAGGACGGGGAGAAAGUUCAAACGCGAAAUCUGAGCUGCGAAGUUGACUCCAGCGUCAAACGAAAUCAAAAUGUUGACGACGCGUUUGGCGGUGGUGACGUCAGCGAUGACGAUGCGGUGACUUACGCGGUUGAUGGAGUGAUGGACAGGAUGGAGGAGAGGUACGUUUCGUUUGUGGAGGCCAUCAAGAGAGGACUCCUGCAUUCCGAGUCGGGAUGUUUUGUUGAUAAUCUCACCAAGGCAAAAAUAUACCCGGCCGAGGCAAUCCGCCUAGGUUAUAUGAAGGUCACACGAGUCGAGACUCCACGAAAUAACCAACUGACUACCUACAAACCGAACACGAACCGGCGCUCGAGAAACUACUUCAGUCAGUUUUUUGAUCUCCAUCACCAUCCUCAAAACUACCACCACGCCAGCCUCAUUCAGCCAGUUGUGUCGCAAGGGGCUGACGCUGCAGAUGCGGCCAAAGAGUCAGCAAGGACAAAGACAAUCGCAGUUUUCAAUGUUCCCAACGAGCAUGUCAGCUCAUUCUCCGAUAGCAAUAAUAACUUCAGUCCCCCCCAUAACAAUAAUAACAACAAUGACAGUAACGGUAAUCAGAUGGGUGGUGGUGGCGAUGGCGGUAGCGUUGAUGUCGACAAUAUCAAUGUGGAGUUGAAAAUUCAGGAGAUAUCGUUUUGA